AUGGUAAGUGUAAGUCAAUUGGGUAACAAAGGAACUAAAGAUUGGAGACAUCUAGGUGAUAAGUUGAAGAAUCACGAAACAAGUAAUGAUCACAUAGUUAACAUGAGUGCUUGGAUUGAUUUGGAAUUGAGAUUAUCAAAGAACAAAACAAUUGAUAAAGAUGCUCAAGAAAGACUUAAUAAAGAGAAAGAGCAUUGGAGAAAUGUUUUAGUAAGAAUAAUUGCAAUUGUCAAAAAUCUGGCUAAGAACAAUUUGGCCUUUCGAGGAUGUAAUGAAAAGAUCUAUCAAGAAAAUAAUGGAAACUUUUUGAGCUUAAUUGAAAUGCUUGCUGAAUUUGAUCCAAUAAUGCAAGAACAUGUUCGACGUAUUCAAAAUAGUGAAAUUCAUAAUCAUUAUUUGGGACAUAAUAUUCAAAAUGAGUUGAUACAAUUGUUGGCAAAUGAAGUGACAAAUGUAAUUUUGAAAAAGAUUAAAGAAGCUAAAUAUUUUUCAGUUUACUUGAUUGUACUCCUGAUUCCAAUAAUAGUGGAAGAAUAUUUUUUGGGAUUUUUGAAUGUGGAGGAUACUUCAGGAAAAGGUCUUUUUGAUGAACUUGCAAAAGAAAUUGAAAAAUUGAAACUUGACGUCAAUGAUAUAAGAGGGCAAAGUCACAUUGAUAGUGUUAAGGCAAUUAUAUCUCAAACUCCAAAUAUAAGAGAUGCUCUACUUGAACUUGCAGAAAUAAGUGAGGAUCCUAAAAUAAAGAGUGAAGCUUCAAGUCUAGUAAAUUAUGAAUUAGAGAAUUUUGAAUUUUUGUUGGGCAUGACCAUUUGGUAUGAUAUUUUAUUUCCUAUAAACUCAAUUAGUAAACAUUUACAAAGUAAGAACAUGGACAUUGACAAGGAUAUAAAAGAUUUGAAUGGUCUCCUUUCUUAUUUUGAAGAUUAUAGGCAAAAUGGAUUUGUAGUUGCUAUGAAUUCAGCUAAAAAAAUUGCAAUUGAGAUGAGAAUAGAGCCUAAAUUUUGUGAAAAACGAUUAAUUCGUAGGAAAAAACAAUUUGAUGAAAAUGUUGACGUUGAUAUAAUUAAAUCCGCUGAAGAAUCAUUUCGAAUUGAUUAUUUUCUUUACUUGAUUGACCAAAUUAUUUGUUCACUUAAAAAUAGGUUUGAACAAUUUCAAGUGUAUGAAAAUAUUUUUGGUUUUUUGUUCAACAUGAAGAAACUAAAAGUAUUGGAUGAAGAUGGUUUGAAAGAUCACUCUUUAAAUCUUGAGGAUGUUUUGAAAUACAAUGGAUUGUCUGAUAUUGAUGGUUUAGAUUUGUUUUCAGAAUUAAAAGUAUUGAGGAAAAUUUUUCCAAAUGAAAAUAGUAACUCAAUUGAAAUACUUGAUUACAUAAAAAAUAUUGGUUCCUUUCCAAAUACAUUCGUUGCUUAUCGAAUUUUACUAACCAUUCCAGUGACUGUUGCUUCUGCUGAGAGAAGUUUUUCAAAAUUGAAAUUGAUAAAAUCAUAUUUAAGAUCAACCAUGUUGCAAGAACGAUUGAGUGGAUUAGCUAUGUUGUCUAUCGAAAACAAAUUGCUAAAUAAACUUCAUUACGAUGAUUUGAUUAGCAAAUUUGCCUCUCAAAAAGCAAGAAAGAUACAUUUUUAA